UAAUGAUUGAGCUGUCCUAUUUGUCUUCCCAGUGCACCCAAAGGAGCCCAAUAAUAUAACAGGAGGUACCUCAGUGACUUAGCUGACUAUGAGCUGCUAGUAUAGGGGCCUCAACAUGGACCUGUACAAAGCAGCUUUCCUCCUGGGGGCCCUGAUCUGCACUGUGAGUGGCACAGAUGAUGUGGACGGCUACGCCAAAACUGAGGGGGCGUGGAUCCUCUCGCUGCACAAGCGACAAUAUUCAACGAACACGGUGGCCGAAUGUGCCAUCAAAUGUAACACUGAAAGUACCUUCACAUGCAAGUCAUUCAUGUAUAUUGAAAAAGAUCAGGAGUGUUGGGUGGCAGAAGCAAACUCUAAAACAGAGCCAAUCCUGCGCAGAACCAGUGUAGCUUUUUAUGAAAAAAAAGAAUACCUCUUGGAGUGUGUGAAUGGAACGGGAACAAGUUACAGAGGAACAAAAUCCAAAACAAAAUCAGGAAAGACCUGUCAGAGAUGGGAUGCAAAAUACCCACACAGGCCAAAUAUAACACCACUGACCAACCCCCGAGCAGAUCUGGACUCUAACUUCUGCAGAAACCCUGAUGGAGACAGUGGGGGACCCUGGUGUUACACCACCGACCCCAACACCCGCUGGGAGCACUGUAACGUACCCAGCUGCACUGUGGAGUGUAUACACUGCAGUGGUGAAAACUACAGAGGAAAAAUCUCCACCACUGAAAACGGCUUCACCUGCCAACGCUGGGACUCCCAGGAACCUCACAACCACGGCUACAUCCCCACAGCUCUCCCAGAGAAGUAUCUUGAGGAGAACUACUGCAGAAACCCUGAUGGAGACCCUCGACCUUGGUGCUUCACCACCAGCAAAACCAAACGAUGGGACUUCUGCUCCAUUCCUCGAUGCACCUCUGAGCCUCCCACCAUCGUCCCAGAGCUGACCUGUGCCAGUGGUGAAGGCGGAUCGUACCGAGGCACGAUUUCUGUGACAGAGUCGGGCAAAACCUGCCAGGUCUGGUCGGCUCAGACGCCACACAAACACAACCGCACCCCGGUCAACUACCCCUGCAAAGGCCUAGAUAGCAACUACUGUCGUAACCCCGACAAUGAGAGGAAGCCCUGGUGCUACACCACUGACUCUGCAACUCGCUGGGAGUACUGCAACGUGCCGAGCUGUGGGGACGCACCCAGACCAGAUGACCCAGUGAUCCCACCUGAGGAGGAUGACUGUUACGAGGGGAAUGGGGCGAGUUACCGUGGCAUAACAUCGGAGACGAUCAGUGGAAAGAAAUGUCAAAUCUGGACCUCCAUGACUCCUCACAGGCAUUCAAAAACUCCUCAGAACUUCCCUAAUGCGGACCUCAGGAGGAAUCUGUGCAGGAACCCCGACGGAGACCGAGCUCCCUGGUGUUACACCACAGACCCACAGGUCCGCUGGGAGUACUGCAACUUGGAGAAAUGCUCCUCCAGUGCUCCAGAAUCUACCAACCCCCCUCCACCCUCGGCCCCUUCCACCCCCACCCAGACCCCACCAGAGAGGGACUGUAAGAUUGGAAAUGGACUUUCAUACCGGGGUCCGACUUCCAUCACUGUUUUGGGUGUGACCUGCCAGGCCUGGAGUGCUCAGAGUCCUCACCAACACAACAGCUUCACCCCACAAUCUCACCCUGACAAGGGCCUGGAGGGCAAUAGUUGCAGAAACCCAGAUAAUGAUGUUAAUGGACCGUGGUGCUACACUACUGACAGCAGCAAGAAAUGGGACUACUGUCAGAUCCCUGACUGUGCUGGACUGGAUUGUGGGACACCUGUUAACAAACCGAAGCGUUGUUUUGGACGUAUCGUUGGAGGCUGCCUGUCUAAACCUCACUCGUGGCCUUGGCAAAUCAGCCUCCGGACCACUGGGGAAGUCCAUUUCUGUGGAGGAACUCUGAUUCAUCCUCAGUGGGUCCUCACUGCUGCUCACUGUCUGGAGAGGUCCAAGAGGCCUUCGGCCUACCUGGUUUUCCUGGGUACCCACACAGAGAGAGCCAACGAGUCGUCAAAACAGCGGAGGAGGCUGGAGAAACUGGUGUUGGGACCCAACGGAGCUGACAUUGCUCUGCUCAAACUGGAGACCCCUGCACUAAUAAAUGACAAAGUCCUGCCAGUGUGUCUGCCAGAGAAGGACUAUAUUGUUCCUAGUGGAACUGAGUGUUACGUUACCGGAUGGGGUGAAACUCAAGGUACGGGAGGUGAUGGCACCCUGAAGGAAGCCGGUUUCCCUGUGAUUGAGAACAAGAUCUGUAACCGUCCAUCCUAUCUGAACGGCAGAGUCAAAGAUCACGAGAUGUGCGCCGGAAACAUCGAGGGAGGAACAGACAGCUGCCAGGGUGACAGCGGCGGUCCUCUGGUGUGUAAUGCUCAGAACAGGUUUGUCCUGCAGGGCGUCACAUCCUGGGGUUUGGGAUGUGCCAAUGCCAUGAAACCUGGCGUCUACGCUCGAGUCUCUAAGUUUAUUGACUGGAUUGACAGAACCAUCAAAGCCAAUUAAAAACUAUCUGACGGCUUCAAACGUGACACAGGAAGUGGUUUGUUUUGCUUUUUGAGGGUAUUUUUGACAUGUGUGCUGCUCUGCUCCUGAUGUGACUAACUAUGUUUGUUGUCUGGGUAUUAUCUGAUGUUACCAGUGUUUAAUAAGAACACAACAAGCAGAGCAUGUUCCUGGUUUUAGGGAUGUAAAGGUGCGUUUUCUGUAGGAGCUGAAAAAUAAAACUUGAUACAAAGGAAAUAAGGACGUCAUGCUUUAUAGAAAAUGUAUAAAAAACCUACUUCAAUUGUUUUGUUUUCAGCAGAUGUCAACAUAUUGUUUCACAGGUAAAACCCAGGUACGCACAUGAAUCCACACGACGACAGUCACACACUUGUUGUUUCCUUGUUGCUUGUCACGUCUGAUUUUAAAAGUUUCGACAUCUGUUGGGUCUCCAGUGGAUUCUCCUUUUUCCUGGGAGCAAAAACAAACAUAUUCUGUUAAUAGCAUAUAGAAUACUCCUCCUGAAUUAAUUCCUACAGAUUUCAUUACUGAUUAAAAUUUGAGUCAAUAAAUCAUUAAAAAUGUCU